CAAGCGGGGAUCACCGCGAGCCGGAGCGCAUGACCAAUGACGCGGAGUUCAUUUCGCGCUCACCCUCAACGCGCGACGGACGUGUCGCGUCGCUUGUAGUACCGAGCGCAAUUCCGAUGUUUCCCGUGUUGUGUUUCUGAAAUAUUGACAUACGAGUGUGACAUGUGCUAUGGAGUUUGUUCUCUAGUGCUCGCCCCGGAGGGCUAAAUUGGUGUUGGAAAUUGCUUUGGAACUGAGGCACUAGGUACCGGCAUGCUGAAGCACGUGGCGGUGUCGCCGCACCGCGCGCGCGCCGACUCCGUGUCCCUGUCCUCGUCCGCGUCCUGCUGCAGCCUCGGCAGCCUCGACCACCGACACGACUCCGUCACCGACUUGUCGCAUCGCACUACAACAAUAAAAGUGUACGCGCGGUGUCUCCGGCCAGACAUCGAGUACAAGACGCUAUCGGUGACGUGGGGCACGCGCGCGCAGGAGGUGGUGUCCACGCUGCUGGGCAAGUUCCGGAUGCGGCACCGCGACCCGCGCCUCUUCUACCUCAGCAUGGAAGUGAGGGUGCGCGCCGCCGGGCUCCGCACCACGCUCGUGCUGGACGACGACGCCCGCCCCGCCGCUCUGCAGGCUUGCCAUCCUAAAGGAUACUCUAAAUUCUCCCUCCAAAUGCGUCCGGGUGGUCUGGUGAAGAUCUACGACUCUGCUCUGAUGUCGUCCUCGCAGUACAAGUGUCUGCUGACCAGCGAGCGGACCACGGCGGACGAGCUGCUCGCCAUCCUGCUGCACUGCUACGACUCCACCGAGGGCGUCGAGAGGUUCUCGCUGUAUGAGGUCUGUCCGUCCCAGGAGUACGAGCGGAAACUCCACCCCGACGACCUGCCCCUGGUGGUGCAGCGGUCGUGGCCGCACGACAGCGACUGCCACUUUCGCGUGCGGCGGAAUCCGCGCGCCCCACCCCUCCCGCCCCGCACCAUCCCCGCACCCCCCCAGGAGGCAGAGGAGGAUGACGAGCCCUCUCGCUCACUCUCGGCCCUCUCCCUCGAGUCCGACACCGAGAAGAGAUACAGCCCAGUGUACAAGUUCCCCAGCAUUAGUUAUUGUAAAGAAACAAAAAACGACUACCUAUACAUAUGAAGUGAAGUGAACGGUGUGUAAAUACGGUGUAAAGUGUAAAUAUGGAACGUUCGAAACCAAAGAGAUUUUGUUUGAGGGAUGUAGUGACUGUUUAAUGAGGCUUAAUGGAAAAUAUGGAACAUUUGGACACUUGGACAAUUCAAAUGCAACCUAGUAAGGUCUAGUCCGAUAGUGGUUACUUCAUGGGGUAUUUGUGCACGCUACGAUAAACAGUAUUCCAUUGUAUUAUCCACGACCAUUGUAUUUUCAAAGAAAAAGCGACCUUUGUCUAUAUUUUGUAUAUAGCACUUAAUUUAGCUAGUAGACGCCAAAGAGGUAAAGAAAAGUAUAUGAAAUUAGAGAUAUUUAUCUGUUACGUAUUGUGAUGUUUAAUUUAUUUAUGAAACAAGCAGCGGGCAAUGCUUUUAUUACAGUUUACUGUCGAAUUUCGAUUAAUGUAAUAAAUACGAUUAUUCUUUA